AAUUAUUCUUUUUUGACUGAGUCAUAAUGAAUUUAAACAUAUAGAAACAAAUCGAAGCAAUUUCAAUUACAUUAAUUGUACAAAGGAGACCCAAAACCCCAUAUAUACAAACAAGCCUACAAUCACCCAAAACAAAAACAAAAAAUUGAACAACAUCGGAAAAUUAGUAAGCAACAAAUUAAAAUGGAAAAAGUAACAAACAUUUUCUUCGUUCUUCUCCUAAUUUCUUCAUGUCUGAUUUUGAGAAGUGAAGGUAAAUGUAAGAGUGUUGCGGAAUGUGAUCCUCGUCGUUGCAGAAUGGGGCAGCAUAUAAUAUGUAGUACACAGCACGAAUGUACAUGUGCUCAUGGCUCUCCUAUUGGUGGUCAGUGUGAUAGACUCGGAGACUGUGACCUUUCUGGUUGUCCACCAACCUCUCAUGUUAUCUGCGAUUUAAUUCGAAGCGUCUGCACUUGUAUCCCCAAUUGAUUAAAAUGGUCUCUAAUGUUAAACCAAAAAAAAAAAUAGUCUCUCAUGAUUGGAGUAAUAUUGAUAUAAUGUCUUAUAUAGGAAGAAAAUUCUAUUAUAACUCAUCUAUGUGAGCUCUAAUAUAUCAGCAAUAAU